CCUUUUCUUGUUUUCUUCGACGUACACGUACAUGGCCUCUACACCUCUUCAUGUCCUCUUGUUUCCUUUCAUGGCCAAAGGCCACACCAUUCCAAUCCUCGACCUAGCUCGCCUCCUCCUCCGCCGUAACGCCACCGUCACUCUCUUCACCACACCCGCCAACCGCCAAUACGUCUCCGCCUCCCUCUCCGACACACCCACCACAAUCAUCACCCUUCCCUUCCCUGAUAACAUCCCGGGCAUCCCUUCGGGCGUAGAGAGCGUAGACAAACUCCCCUCCUCGUCCCUCUUCUAUUCUUUCGUCUCGUCCACAAAACUAAUGAAAUCGCACUUCGAACAAGCGAUCCAAGCAUUGGAAACUCCGGUCACCUUCAUGGUUACAGACGGCUUCUUUGGCUGGACACUGGACUCAGCAAAUAUAUUCAAUAUCCCACGGCUCGUCUACUAUGGAAUGAGCAACUUCGCUAUCACCAUGUUCCGAGUUAUCUCCCUCAACCCACACCUAUUUGACGGAAAAACCGAUACCGAUCUAGUCACUGUCCCAGAAUUCCCAUGGAUGACGGCAACUAGACUCGAGUGUGAUGAUGCAACAGACCGCGACAGCCCUUUGUUUAAAUGGAGAAUGGAACAAGUAGUUGCUACAAUAAAAAGCUAUGGAUUGGUUACUAACAGCUUCUUCGAGCUUGAACCCGUGUACGCGGAGUAUUGGAACUCAAACUCAGCACCAAAAUCAUGGUCUGUUGGUCCUUUAUGUCUUGCGCAAGAACGAAUAAAGAAAGAAAGUUUGUCUGACCAGAAACCAUCAUGGAUGGUUUGGCUAGAUAAAAAAUUACUUGAGCUCGGGGUUCCGGUUUUAUAUGUGGCAUUCGGGUCACAAGCGGAUAUAUGUAUAAAUCAAAUAGAAGAGAUCAAGCUCGGGCUCGAAAGAUCUGAAGUUAAUUUCUUGUGGGUGGUGAGAAGAAGUGAAGAGAGUUUCGGGCCGGAUGAUGGGUUCGAGGAGAGAGUGAAGGAGAAAGGGAUUGUGGUUCGAGAAUGGGUGGAUCAAAGAGAGAUAUUAGAGCAUGAGAGUGUGAAGGGUUUUGUGAGUCAUUGUGGAUGGAACUCUGUGUUGGAGAGUAUAUGCGCGGGUGUGCCAAUACUAGCAUGGCCGUUGGCGGCUGAGCAGCCGCUAAACGCGAAGUUUGUGGUGGAAGAAAUGAAGAUUGGGAUGAGGGUGGAAACUUGUGAUGGGAGUGUGAAAGGUUUUGUGAAAUGGGAAGGGUUGAAGAAGAAUGUGAAGGAGUUGAUGGAAGGUGUGAAAGGGAAGGAGGUCAGGAAGAAGGUGAAGGAGAUUAGCGACGCCGCGGUUGAGGCGGUGAAAGAGGGUGGUUCGUCAUGGCGGACUUUGAAUGAGCUCAUUGUUGAGCUUCAAACCAAGUCACUAUCACCGUAACUUUCUACUUCAUGUAUGUACAAGACGUCGCAACUUAAUAUUUUCAAAAGUUUAUUUUAGUUUGUUA